AUGUUGGAAUCUCUUUUCGCAAAUAAUGCUGAUAAUGUUUCUUAUGUUUUCCCUCAGGUGAAUCAGAAUGCUGUUCCUAAUCUUUCUUCCAAAUACUUGACUCCAAAUCAGCUUAAUGCUCUCAAACUUAAUAGCAAUUUUGCUUCUUGUUCAAAACCUUCUUUUCCUAAGUUGGUGGCUCCCGUUGAGAAAGCCUUUAGAUUUAGUGCUCUCACUGCUUCUCAAAAGGAUUCUAUUAGGCAUAUCAUUGCCAAUACUGUGGAUUUUAAUUCCAAAUUGACUUCAAAUACUUUUUGCAAGCAUGCUAAUUCUUCCAUCAAAGGUUUGUGUUCUGAUCCUGAUCUAGUUGUUACUAAGGCUGACAAAGGUGGCCAAAUUGUUAUUCUUGACAAAAGUUCAUAUUUAGGUAAAUGUAAUGAGCUAAUUGAGGUUGGUCCUUAUGUGACACUUCACAAAGACCCUAGUAUUAGAGAAUUUAACCUUAUUAAAAAUGUUGUGAAUUCUUCUCCUAUCAUCAGCGAGUCUUCAAAAAGGUAUUUAACUCCUUCUGUUGCACACUGUGCCAGGUUUUAUGCUCUACCAAAGGUUCAUAAACCCGACAUUCCUCUUAGGCCUAUUGUUUCAAACAUUGGUUUGGCCACAACUUUGGGCACCGGACUCUAUGCCUUAAUUUCCAUGGCAGCACAUGAACAUGCAGGACCGUCUGUUGUAUUAUCCAUACUAAUGGCAGCAGUUACAGCCUGUCUUGGAGGAUUGUGUUACUCAGAGGUUGUGACUCGUUUUCCAAAAGGCGGAUCUGCCUACUCAUAUGCCUAUGCCACCACUGGCGAACUGUCAGCAUUUCUCAUAGGAUGGGGGAUGGUCCUGGAAUACGCAACGGGGGCCGCUCUUGCAGCCAAGGCCUGCAGUCAGUACAUGGACGUUGUCCUAGGAGGCGUGAUGUCUCGUGUCCUGGGACAAUACUUAGGACACAUGAACAUUGCUGGUCUGGACAAGAACUUGGAUUUUCCAGCACUGGUUGUGACGCUUUUUGUGUGUCUUCUCCUCGCAUGGUCUGCUAAGGUUUUGUGCUCGUUGAAUAAUUUGCUGGUAAUCGUCAAUCUCCUGGUAAUAUCCGGUGUAGUUUUAGUCGGAAUCUUCAGCAUGGAUUCUGAGAACUGGAUUGCCGGCACUGGAUUUUUUCCUGGUGGAAUCAGUGGGAUAUUUUCUGCUGCUUCCCUCUGCUAUUUUGCCUUUGUUGGCUAUGACAUAAUCGCCAUAUUCACAAGAGAUUCUCCGCACCGGGGUAGUACAUUUCCCACAGUCGUCAGUCUGAUCUUCCUGGUUGGUCUCCUAGCCACUUUUGCUAUGUCCGUGGUCCUCACUCUGCUAGUGCCAUAUUCACUGCUGGAAAUCCGGGGCCCUAUCUUGCAAGCUUUCGACAUCAGAAGCGUCACUGGAAUGAAAUACUUCGCGACCGUAGGGGCGGUAUCGGGAUUGGUUUCAGCAGCAGCAGCAUCGGUCUUCUCCUUGGUGAAACUGCUCCAGUCGUUGACGAAUGACGGUCUCCUGUUCAAGUUUUUAAGCAGGACACAAUGCCACACGCUUUUGUCUACCGGUAUCAUGUGCUGUUCGCUUUCUUUCUUCUGCGAUGUGAAAAUCUUGGCUCAUGUGUUGGGAAUCGGGACAUUAUUUGCUUGCAUAUCCGUUGCUGUAAGUGUUCUGUGUCUCCGCUACGGCGUUUCAGUUCAGCUGCGAACUCCGACGGACUUGCUGGAGUUGUCUGAAGAAGAUUCCACCAUUGAAACAACCAAAGUCCCCGAACAGCAAACGAACAGAGAAACUCAGACCGAAAAAGACAACGUCAAAGAAUCUGUUCGGGGCAAGAUGGAUUACGGCUCUCUGCACCCCAGAUCCCUGUCCGUGGAUUUCGUCGACGAGUCUUACGUCACAUGUCUGUCUGAAAUGUCCCCGCACUGGACUAAAGAAGAGCCUACGCACAGAUCUGCAGCUACAGCAGCUGGACUUAUUGCCGCAGCGAUGCUCGUCAUGUUACUCAUGGGAGUUGUGACUCUCCACAUUCCAAGACUCUUGCCCAGAAGUCGGUGGUGGACGGAACUCGUGGCUUGCGUUCUGUUCGUCACUAUCAUUGGCUUUUCUGCCGCCAUAUGUCGUCAGCCAAAGCACAAGCCAAGGAUUCGCAACAAAGUUCCAUGUGUGCCAUUUCUUCCUCUCUGUGCCAUAUGGAUGGACGUACACCUGCUUUUAGCUUUUUCAUCAACAGCUUGGAUAGUGUUCUUCGUAUGGUCCCUUAUUGGCACCUUGUUGUAUCUCUGCUUUGGGAUAUGGAAUAGUAGCGAGCGGCGAUCUCAAGAUACCCAGAACGUCAACUUGCUUUCAGUUGCCGAAGAUGUGAAUGACUCGGACAAAGAAAACAUCCAAGAUAGCUUCCAAGAUGAUUUCUAA